CAAGCUCAAAAGAAAAAGCUAAAGAAACACUACAAAAAGGACAAAUUCCAACUGUACUAACAUAAUUAAUUUACUGUGUUUGUCCACUUAUCCCCACUCUCUGCCUACACGCGUGGCUCUCACGCUUCCCUUUUUAUUUUUAAUCUCUCCACAAAUCACCAAUCAGAGAUACCGAGCUCGAUCGAAUUCUUCCGUCCGCCUCAGAAAAAAGCGCACAACACACACUGAAUACACUCACACGCAAACCAGUCGCCGGUAAACGAGCCGAUACAAAGACGACGGUGAUUAACCCCGGCGAAAGGGAGCCUGCAUCCGGUGAUCAUUACCGUCCGUGCAUACUCUGGCUAUGGAGGAGCUGGCGGCGGCUGAGGUGUACGCGCCGCGUACGAUACAGGUGUGGAGGACACUGCUCAACUGGAUGGCGUUCUUCUUCCAGAUCUUCGCUCAGAUCCUCCGCGGGACGCCGUCGUUUAAUCAGGUCCUCUCCUAUGUCGGCCUGCGCCAAGGAGGGCCUUUCAUCUCGUCUGCUCAACACGCGCCAUCGCAGUUCAAGCCCCUGCCUGUGGUCGAGCUGUCGGAGUUCGGGGAGGAACCAGAAGAGGCGCCUCGUCCGCGGCGAUUGAAUCCGGUCGCCGUUCCGGUCUCUGGUGGUGGGGAGAGGGUGAUGGAUCCUUCACCUCUGGAGAAGCUAACGGUGGUUCUUGAUUUAGAUGAAACUCUGGUUUGUGCAUAUGAGACAUCAAGCUUACCAGCUCUCUUGCGUAGUCAAGCCACAGAGGCUGGUAUAAAAUGGUUUGAACUCGAAUGCAUUUCCUCUGACAAGGAAAUUGAAGGCAAGCCUAAGAUCAACUAUGUGACAGUGUUUGAACGCCCUGGACUGAAGGAAUUUCUAAAACAACUAAGUGAAUUUGCUGAUCUUGUAUUAUUUACAGCCGGACUUGAAGGCUAUGCUAGACCUCUUGUUGAUAGAAUAGACGCUGAAAAUAGAUUCAGUCGGAGACUAUAUCGGCCUUCUACAAUUAGCACGGAGUACCGCGAACAUGUAAAGGAUUUAUCUUGCUUGUCAAAGGAUUUUUGUCGAAUAGUCAUUGUCGACAAUAACCCUUUCAGUUUCUUGUUGCAACCAUCAAACGGAAUUCCUUGCAUACCAUUUUCUCCCGGACAACCUCAUGAUGAGCAGCUUUUGGAAGUUAUCCUUCCUUUGAUCAAGCAGCUCUCUCUACAAAAGGAUGUACGGCCCAUUCUCUACGAAAGAUUCCACAUGCCCGAGUGGUUUCAAAAGCACGGAAUUCCAGCUUCAGGGUGGACAUAAGAUAUAUACACAACAAGUAUAAACUAUAACCACCCAUGAAAAAUUUAAUCUUUCCACAAGGCAAUCUCUCUUGACUGGGUCACGAAAUUUUGUAUAGCCAUUGCCCAGCGAAUGAAUUGAAAGCAGCGCCAGGUGGAAUUAUAAUUAUCUCAAAGUGCUUAUCGAGCUACGGUCAAUCGAGUAAGUACAAUUGUGAAAAGAAGUAAAAGGAUUCUUGUGUAAUAUUAUUAGCGUCUAUUUGUCUUCUACAGUUUGUAUGCUGUUUGUUACGAUGAAUUCUGUGCUGUGGAUGCAAGCCGGUUUGUUACGUCCCCUGUAUAAUAUAGGUUUGUGAAAUUUGAUUGAAAUAAUUGUCUCUCCAUGUCAAAAUCUAAUUCCUGAUGGUGUUUGCUUAAGAAUAGAUACAAUUUUUUUCUUUUUUCCUGGGAAUAUCUUUUUAAGAGAAGAUAAAUGGAUAUACAGCAG